CGACUUCUCUGCGCAGGUAACAGACUUCCUUACAAUGGUGACCUCCAGCUCAAAGACGUUUGCGCCCGUAUCGCUGUCAGCGUAUCAAGCAGGAAUGCUCGAGACUUUGAUGAAACAACAAGUUCAAGACGCGUUACUCGCCCACUCGGUUCAGGUUGCGAAAGAAAACGAGCUGGACUCAGGCUGGCGCUUUGUUGGUUCAUUGGGCCAGCUCAAGACGUUCAAACUCCGGGGAUCUGAUUCCUUCAGCUCAACAUCGUUGUGGGCCACUACUCUCGAGAAAACCACACGGUCCACAGCAUGCAACUUGAACGACCGCUCAACUAUAGGAGGGCUCACUUACAACAAGCGCAACCGAAGCAGUAGCUGGACCCGCCAAACUAUAGACGGUGUUCGCUCCCAUGAAAAAUCUCAGUCGCUCCAAUCCUUCCGCACUUUCGGACGCGUCCAAGGCAAUUAUCGGGACAUUGUCAGUGUUCACCAUGCAGCUAACUCCGCUGACUUUGUCCACCAACAAAAGUUACUGUCACCUUUGGCGAUCGAUGGCGCUGUAUUGAGAACAAUUCGCGCGACAAAAGAGAGCUAUUUGGGUAUCAAGUGGCUGGCUGAGAACUCGUUAUCCGGUAAGCGCGAUGUUUGUUUCGUCGAGACGGUGGGGUACACGUCUGAUACCAAAGGAAAAGAAGUUGGUUUCGUGGCUUUCGCUUCGAUUGAUGUCCCAGAGUGCCCUGAACUUGGGUCCGUAAAGCUAACGCGUGUUCGGAUGAAGCGCACGAUGUUAGUCAUUCCCACAAAAGACGAUCCAAAGGCGACGUCCGAAGUGUUUGUCAUGGGUGCCACUGAGGCGUCUACUACGAGCAACCAGUAUCGACUGAACAUGGCUAUUCUAAAUGACAUUUCACUCGUGAUCGACUCCCAGAACAUCACCAGACAACCACUCGCACUCCACAAAGAUUGGAUCCCUGACGAGAGUCGUCCCUCGUGCACCAUUUGCAGGCGCAAGUUCCAGUUCAUCUCUCGUCGACGACAUCAUUGCCGAAUGUGUGGCGACAUCAUCUGCAAAACCUGCUACGUCAAUCGAUUCGUGUGUCGAGAGGAGAUGGAAAAUUCCAGAGUCGCAGACACCUCUGCCGUUUGCCGGACCAAGUUCUGUUUGCGUUGCAUCGUUAGUCUUCGUGCUAUCGACAAACGACUUGAUGAUUUCACUCCACAAGUGUCGAAGAUGCUCGCGUUCAAAGUCGACGCGUUGGAUAUAUCGGCAACGGAAACGUUUGAGGAAUUCCUCGAACUUGACUCUCCUGAUUCAACCCCCUGCGCUUCGUCCUUCUUCACUUUUUACAAAAACAACCACGGUCAGUUUGAUACAUCCAAGCGUACUGAUGUGGAGUUUCCGUGGAAUACAACUGCUGAUCGCAAGAAAACCUUCGCGAUGGUCACGGUUGGUGGAGUCGGAUCACUGAUUUCGCUUGGCUCGAGCAAAUUACGAUCGUCGUCGAUAUCAGUUGAUUUACCGCAUUCGGGUUCGUACACAAGACUUCGUGGACUCUCGCGACUAAGUCGUUGUAACUCCGUCACUGAUCUCUUCGAUAACAAAGUUGUCGGCAGCAAUAAUGGGAGUUCCAUCGUAUUGAUCUAACUGGUACGAAAAGAAAAAAAAUAUCGUGGUACCAGCAUAGUUAAUAUUCAGAAAACUGGAAGGAUAAUGUCACUACCACUCUGCGAAGCGGUGCUUCGCAAUUGAAGCUAUAGCAUAAAGUGAUGUUAAGUUAGAUGAACGCACUUAAAAGCGCGUGUGCUAGAGCAUUCGACCCGCUGUACUCUCUCG